AUGGUGGCCUCUGAAUUCCCUAGAAGACUGUACACCAAAGGGUUUGAGCCAGCCCCGGAUAAAAGCAUCGGCUAUUAUUCUGAUGAUUAUAGGCUGGUACCUGCACUAAAGUCAGCUCUACAAGAGGAUGAAUGGGAAGAGAUUUACGAGUCACCGUUGGGUGUCUUUUUAAAGUUCCACGACUUGGAUUUUGGUUGGGCUUCUAGGCUGGUGCACCACAUGCUGACCUUUCAGAUAGUUUGCAAGCAGAGGUACGAGAUAUGGAGCCUGAUUGGUACCAAUCCAGUUCGGUUUUCAUUGCAUGAGUUUGAGGAGAUCACCGGACUCAACUGCGGGUACGUGGAUGACUUGGCUUUAACUGAUCUUACGCUUUCCGAUGACACGCGUGCAUUUUGGGAGCUAAUGGGGGUCGAUGCCGAGUCGGGCCCAAGCACUAUCGAAAUUAUUGAAGCCUGUUCCAACUGCUCAUCAUGGUCUCAGGAUGAUAGGCUGCGGUUGGGUUAUCUUGGGAUCUACGCUGGUUUCAUAGUGGCAACGAGACCUGGCUUAUCCACAAAUCAUUUGAUCAAGUCUGUUAAGGAGAAAGAUCUCAGCAAAAACAUUCAUAUAGAAGGAUUUGUGCAAGCUCUUCAAGUGUGGGUGUACUAUGCUCUGCCGGAUUUUGCUGCUGAAUUUGGCGAACCAUUGCCAAAUGAUAUUCAACCUCUUCCGCUGGCUUACAAAGGAUCAAGAGGACGAAAGAACGUCAAAGCCAACAUGCUAAAACAGGAUCCAGAUAUUGUCAAGAUUGUCAAUGCAAUCCAUGACCCCCAUUUCAAGUUCUCAAAAAAUCAUUGGCCUUUGGAAGGUGUUUUGGGUGCACACAUCGUCAAGGCAGAAGCCAGAAAGAGGAGCCUUCCCUCAGAUGAAUCAAGUCGCAAGAGACCCUACACAGCAUCUGCCUCUGCCGCCUCAUUCGUUGGUGAUGAAGGGGUCGGAGUUGUCGCUACUAUGAAAGCACACUUCAACCAAUGCUUCAAAAGCUUUUCAACCAAGAUGCUGAAUGGUCUUGGUAGCUGUGAAAAGCAGAUCAAACUUCUCACCGUGAAGGUUGAAUCUGUAGAGCGCGCGGUAGAGGAGUUGACUACAGGGUCGGCGAAGCACACUGAGGAAGAGGUUAAAGACAAUGUAGAACCAACCCAGCAGCAGGGCGGCACUGGAUCCAAGAAGCAUGAAGGGAGUAAUUCAGAUAAAGAUGAUGCUCCGAUGAAAGAUAAUGUCAACGUUGGUGCGUGUGAGAGUGUUAACGACCCCGGGGAUGCAAAAGGAAAGAAGGCUUCCAUGAAGGAAGAAGAGGCCCCAGAGCCUAGUUUUUGUGAAAUUGACCCGAAGAUGUGUGAUGUUGACUUCGACGCGGUUGCACUAGCCAAAAAUGCCAAAGCCAGAGCAGCGGCUCAGUUAGUUGCUCGAGCAACGAGUGCCAGAUACCGACAGCUGGCUGCGACACAGAAGAGUCCGUUCUUAGGAAACAGCACCGCAAAGUCCAUCAUUCCAUCGUCUGCAUCUCACUCCGGGCGUGUCCGUGGAUAUGAUCUUUUCGAUCAAACCGGUGUCAAGGCGAAGCAAACCACUCUAAUGAACUUUCUGAAAUCAAACCCUGCCUGGCCAAGACGCCCAAAAAACUCUUCGAUCGACUGGUAUUACAUUCUCCGGACACCGACGAAAUGGCUAGCUGAUACGCACAUGAAAGCUUACAUUAACGUACUCAGGCUGCGAUUAUCCAAGCAUCCGGAGUGGUUUGUAUCCGACCGGAUUUGCUUCCUCAACUCCAUGUUUGCUACUGUUUGGAGGCGGGAAUACAAUGACUUCAAAAACUCUGAGCCGAAUGCAGAUGGGUCUGGCAAACUUCUACCGCCUGGAGCGGAGGACCAUUGGGAUAGUCAUGCGGGAACCAAACAUGCAUCUGACACCCAAAUUGACGAAGCUGUGGAGCCUCUUGCUGUUAUGUUACCCUACCUUCUUCAGACCUGUGCACCUGACGAUGACAAGUGGAGAUUCCCCUACACGCCGUUCACCCAUUCACGAGUACCAGGUACGGAGAUACCUCAAAACAUUCAGAGCGGUGAUUGCGGAGUGUACUGCCUCAAGGAGAAAAUGGCUGCAGAGAUAUUUGACGAAAUAGUUGCUAGGGGCCAUGAUAAGCUAGAUACAACCGGGCUGGAUGUCUAUGAUAGGAAAGCUUAG